GACAGGGGCAUAUAUGCACACAAUCCUUCCAAGUUGCAUUCCUCAUCCACUAGGAUUAAGUCUGUCACCCAUUGAUGCACUAGCCCUCGUCAGUAUCUGCACUUGACAUCAGUCAUCGGUUGACGUAAUGUACGUCAUGAUUGAAUAUUAGUAGUUUGAACGUCCGAGUGAGUACUCCUCACGACAAUGUACAGCAACACAGGCAGUGGCUUGAUUAAGUCCACCUGAACGAGACGCCAUCCAGAGAACCUACCGAGAGAGGUAUAGCAUCUCUUCAUAGUACUUCCUAUCUGAUACAAACAUACACCUCUCACAACGACAUCAACGAUAUACUCGUAUAACAGCACCAAUGGCCCGCUUCACUCCGGUCUCAGCGGCAUCCAAACUCGAAUCUCUCCCUGUAGAGAUCAUCCAACAAAUCUUCCUCCACUGCCUAGAGAUCAAUCUCCCGCGGGCAUCUCUACGUCUGGCCAACGCGCUGUCCGAUCCAGUUCUAUACACCUGGAUGAUCCGGCUCGCAUUCAGCAGCACCAAUGCGAGCGCCGACAGGGACUUCUUCACGCAGGACUUCCUCCCGUGGCCGCUCGACUUCUUCGCCCUCUCUCCGCACCAGCGGCGAGACCUGCAAAGCCACCUCCUGUUCUGCCGCUGGUGCACGCUGCCCUUGAUCCGCCAAUGCCAGCGCGACUACAUCCUGCAUACGAUCCGGCGGAAAUGCCGGCCGGGGGUGGACUUCCACUUCAGCCCGGAAGACGAAGCCACCCUCCUCAACUUCGGGGAGCACUACGACGAGUAUUUCAGUAAGAGCAGCAGCAGCAGCAGCAGCAACAACAGUAGCAGCGAUAACCAGGAUAAACCCGACCUCACCCUCCACGGAUACCCUAUCCCCGGCAGCGACAGCAGUCCGAAAGACCGCAAACCGCACAAAAUCACGAUCCACCUGCAAGACGGGGCGAUCACCAUCCGCCCACCAGGCGAGAUCUACGCCUUCAACCUAACAUCAUUUCCGACGCCCACCAUCUCCUCGCCGAACACCUUCCGCCUGCCGGCGUGCGGAACCGCCGGCCCCAGGGGAACGCUGCUGGCGCGAGUGCCCGAGAAACUGCUGCGGCCGCCGUGGACGCCGGCGAAGUUCGAGUUCCUGCAGCUCCUGGCCAAGGACGCGUACAUCGACCGCACGCCGUCGCACACCCGCACGCGGCGCGUGCUGCGGCAGACGAUCCGGGACCGCGACCCCGCGACGUUCCAGCGGCUCCUGCGCAUGAGCGUGCGGGUGCCGUGGUAUGAUUUCCCCGUGCCGUGGCCCGUAGGCGGGAAUCUGUUCUACGCGGCCCUGAAAUAUGCCCCGCCGCCCUGUGGGGAGGAUGAUGAUGUCUUCGUCAAGACGCUGUAUGAUGAGCGGUGGAGGGAUAUUCCCCCUGAUGACGCUCAGUUGAUGUUCUAUUUGUCCGAGAGGUUGUGUGAGCCGCCUAGUCGUCAACGAGCGCGAGAGGAAGCGAGUAGGCGUUCAUUGGGAUAGCACAUCACAUUACUUACGUCUUUACCUGAACAGGUUA